AUGAGCUUCUUCGAGGACAUUGGGCGCAACAACGCACAGUUGAGCCACCUCCGAAAGGCACUCGCACAACUUCCACAUAGUAUCCCCCUCGGAAACUCCAAAUAUAAUUUUGAGCACUAUGCUCCAGAUCCAGAGAGGGUCGAACUCUAUGGCAGUACCGAAGCCGCACUGAAUAAUGUGCUCGAGGUCACAUUUGCACCCAGAGGCCGGAAGGAUGAGUCGGCAUUUUUUAACUCGUGUCAAAAACCCCUCGAGGGUGGGGUUUUUCAUGGAGCCCUAGUAUGCUUGGGACUAGACUCCAAGACGGGCAUCAAUAUUCAUCGCCAUCAUGUCGAUUUUGGCGAUAUGAAGCGCUGA